AUGUACAGAACCUACGGCUUAUCUACUCGUUUAUACGUACAAAACUGUGUCAAUCAUCACUACACCCUCUCACCAAUAAAUGUCUUCAGACCAUUGAGUACCAAAUGUCGUUUUGAUUGGCUUAAACGAUUGGAUCCACUGCAAUUUCUACAAGGAAAUUACGCAGAAUCAUCAUUUGUAGAUAUCGAUACAGAAACUAUAACAUCGUGUAGAGAUUCUGUUAUCUCUGCCAUAAACAAUUAUGAUAAUGUAAUAACUAAGCUAAAAGAUACCACAUCGAUGAUUGAGCAUGAAAUUUACGAAUCUUUACGGUCAGUUAAACCAUUAAAAACAAUCUUUGGGCGUUACAUAUUCACGGCUAAUUCACUACCGAAUGGACAUACUCAUUACUUUAGACAAAAAGGCUCUUUUAAACAAUUAUUGUUUGAUACAUCAGCAGUUGCUAGUAAAUAUAGCAAAUACGACUAUUGUGUCGUGAAAAAUAUGAAAUACUCACCAAAAUUGGACCUAUUGUGCGCGAUAUGCGACAUACAUGGCAAUGACCAUAAUAUAUUAUUUGUGAAAUCGCUUAAAACACACAAACACGUGGAAACUGUUACGAAUAUAGUCAAUGCAGAGUUUUUGGACACUCCAGACAAAUGCUUCAUCUUUUAUACCAGAUCCAUAGACAAGGUUAUGCAAUUAAGGCGCAUUGUAUACUAUCAAAACAAGCUAGUUAGUGAUAAUUUGAUAUAUUCGGAAACCGAUCCAACGCAAACUCUGGGGAUAUACAAGACCAGAGACUCAAAAAUGAUAUUUAUCACAACUAACACAUCUUCUAGAGCUAAAUUUCUUUAUAUCAUCAAGUUAAAUUGCCAGAGAAGUCCCAAGCUGUUGAAAUUAUCACUGGAUGGUGUUUAUGAUAAACUAUUCCUAGAACAUAGGCAUAAUCAUGUAAUUGCAUUGACAAAAUGUAAUUCAAAAUACAAAUUAAUGGCACUAUCCGUUGUUAGAAAAUGCAAUCAAAUAGUUACCAGUUGGCCAUUGGAUAAUGGUAUUAACAUAUUAGGCCUUGAAGUGUUUAAUAAAGGCAUUGUAUUACAUGGAAUACAAAAUCCAUCUGUACCAGUGAUUGGUGUAAUAAACAAUGUUAAGGAAUUGCCACAAUUAAAACCGUUGAUUGACUGCGGAGUAAUAACUCCUGAUGCUAACCCAGAUUUCAAUAGUGAUAUAUUUCAUUUUACAUUGGAAAACCCGGCUAUUUCUUACGUACCAUCUUUCAUGAUAUUAACCAAUUCUAACACACAUAUAUCUGAUUAUCCAACAAAAUACAAAUUUAUACCAUAUACUUUCACUAGUUACGAUGGCACGACGGUUCAUAUCUCUACAAUUUAUUUAAGGGAAAGUGACAAGGGAAUAGUUUAUUUUUACGGCUUUUCAAAACAAUUGUUAAAACUACAUAGUGAAUAUGAACACAACACGCUAUUAAAAUGCGGCUACAAACUUUGUUAUAUCCAUUCGAGAUCACACGAUCCAGCCGUGGCUUUAAUGGAUAUAGUGUAUGGCAUUAAUUAUUUGAUUCAUAAUCGAAUAAUCAAUCAAAAUAACUUAAGAUUGGUUACAGAAUCCGCUGGUUCUUCAUUGGUUGAUGAAUUGUUACUUGCGUUUAAGGAUUUUAACAUAACAUUCAUCCUAAAAUCACCUCAUCUGCCUGUAGCUAAUAAUGAUAGUUUGAAUACCAUUUCUCCUACUGGCAAUACUUAUAAAAGGAUAUUCCUUAUGAAUGUAGGCGGCUUUGAUGAAAAAACCCCUUGGUGGGAAUCUUUCGCAUACAUCACAAAAAAAUCUAUAUGCAAAGACUGUAACAUAGCAACUUUUUUAGAUUUUCAUGAGCAUGGUGGGCACAACAAUGGUAGUACAUUUGUCAAACAAAUAUCACACGCAGCCCGUACUGCUGCAAUUCUACUGAAUUUUUAG